AUGAAAAUCUCUUCAUCUGAGAGAAGAAACCAUAGAGCACUUGGCGAUAUUGGAUAUUUUUAUGAUUCUUUAAGGGGUUUCGGUGCCCAAUUACUUGAAAAUAACAAGAAGGAGGCUUGUGCUGGUGUAGCUAGACCUCCUCCUCCUCCAGUUGCUGAUGGAGUUUUUUCAGUGACUGAAAGAGUGGGACAGAUGAUAAUCAGUGCAAAAACAAAGCCUGAAGAAGACAUUGAAAUGAGCUCAGAAAGAGAGGUCAAGAAAGACAAGGAAGAAGAUUCCAACUCCGGAAAGAAAUCACGAGCUUUUACUUCUGUGCUCACAGCUCGAAGCAAGGCGGCAUGCGGUGUGACUAACAAACCGAAGGUGGAGAUUGUUGACAUUGACGCUGGUGAUGUUGGCAAUGAUCUUGCUGCUGUGGAAUAUGUUGAAGACAUAUACAAUUUCUACAAGGAAGUGGAGAACGAGAGCCGUCACCAUCACUACAUGAACACACAACACCAACCUGAAAUAAAGAAAAGGAUGAGAAAAGUACUCGUGGAUUGGCUUAUGGAUGUUCACUCCAAGUUUGACCUUUCGCUUGAAACCCUUUAUCUUACAAUCAAUAUAAUUGAUCGGUUCCUAGCAGUCAAGCCUGUGCCAAAGAGGGUACUGCAAUUGGUUGGUGUGAGUGCAAUGCUCAUAGCAUCCAAGUAUGAAGAAAUCUGGGCCCCUCAGGUUAAUGAAUUUGUCUUCCUUUCAGAUAGAGCUUACACUCAUGAACAGAUUCUGGGCAUGGAGAAAAUCAAACUUGGCACGUUGGAAUGGAAUUUGACUGUUCCUACACCAUUUGUUUUCCUAGUUCGUUUUAUCAAGGCAUCAAUUCCAGAUAUGAUGUUGGAAAAUAUGGCCCAUUUUCUUUGUGAGUUGGGAAUGAUGCAUUAUGUCACCUUAGUUAAGUAUUGCCCAUCAAUGGUGGCUGCCUCAGCAGUCUUUGCAGCCAGAUGCACUCUCAAUAAGAGCCCCGUUUGGAAUGAGACACUCAAGCUACACACGGGUUACUCACAAGAACAACUUAGGGAUUGUGCAAGACUAUUGGUAAAAUUUCAUUCCACUGUUGGAAAUGGAAAGCAUAAAGUUGUGCACAGAAUAUAUUCGGAUCCUCAAAGAGGGGCUGUUGCUAUCCUCCCACCGGCUAAAAGUCUUUUGCUGAAAGGUUGUACAUCAAUUUGA